GUGAAGAAGAUGACAUCUCGAAACGUUUAUGCGUCUAUUGUAGAUAUUUAUAUUAUGUAGUUUAAAAAGAAAAAAUAUUUUAUUAGCUAAAUUAAGCCAAAGAAAAUGUGGUUUAUUAAAGGAUGUAUCCAACGUCUUUGUCAGAUUGAUGGUAUUGAUUACAAUUUAAGUUAACAAAACGAAACUAACCAUCGAACCUUUCCAAGGUAUUUCAUUAAAGGCCUUUAAAAGUUUUCAUAAAAAAUCUCAGUAAAAAUGGGCUGCGUUAACAGCAAAGCAGAUAUCAAUGAUACACAUCCAAAUCUCUUUCAUGUAAUUAAUGUAAAUGAUCGAGGUAGACCUGUUAGUAGAGGAAAACUGGAGGUGACAGAAAGUGAACUAAUUUUUCAUCAGAAAGGAAAGAAUCCUAUUAAAUGGCCACUCCGAUCAUUACGAAAAUAUGGAUGGGAUGUUGAUACUGAUGUAUUUAGCAUAGAAUGUGGUAGGCGCAGUCCAACAGGGCCAGGUUAUUAUGCUUUUAAAUGUAAGAAAGCUGAACAACUGUUUAAUAUGGUACAGCAAUAUAUUUUAGGAGGAAUUCAAGAGAGCAUGGAGAAUUCUAAUCAUGCAAAUCCAUUGAAUCAAAACACUGAAUUUUCCGUCCCAGCUGUAUUAACAGGACAAGGACCACCAAUUCAACGACAGUCAGAAGGACACGCUGUUUAUACUCAGAAUGAUUCUAGUCAUCUAAACCCUACUCAUUCAAUUUCAAGAUCCCAUACUGGAAUACUGAGUCGCCCUGGUUCAGUAUCGAGUAAUGGGGGACAAUUAAGUCCUACAACAAUAUCUCCACCACCAGUUAUCACAGAAAAUCCUUCAUUAGAACAUAACAACAAUAAAAGGAACACUGUGUUGGUGGAAAAUGGCAUUGGGCCUCCUAAUUAUGCCAAUUUAAAUCCCUGUGAUAUAACUGAUACUACUAACCAUGUCUAUAUGAAUGUUGAUGCCAAAACAAUAGUGAGCAACUUAAACCAAAGUAAUUUUGUAGAGAAUAGGGAAAGUCAUAGAGAAUUUGUUGAAGAAAUACAUUCUUAUGCAAAUAUAGACAAUCGAGAUGUAGAAAAUUUAAAUUUUCGACAGCAACUAAAUACUGUUACAAAUGUAAUUUUACCAAAUCAUGGAGAUAUAGUUCAAAUGUACACAAGCAAUAGUGUACCUUGUACUCCUACCAUAUACAAUGAUACUGAAUAUGUUAUGGUACGAGAAGUAAAUUAUGCUGAAUUAGACUUGGAUUCUAAUAAAAAUAAUAGUGGUACAUGCUCAAAUGAUUACCCUCAAAACCAAAUACAAGAUACCAAAGUUACCAGACUACAAGAAAGUCCUAGCAUGAAGAAGAAAAGUUAUGCUACCAUUGAUUUUCCUAAAACUAUUGCUCUUAGCCAAAGCAUUAAUCCUAAAGCAGAAAUGGAAGAAGGUAGUCGUAAAACACGACACAAUUCCACAAUAAACUCUCUGAGUGAUUAGCUGGAAAAUGAACAAUAUACAGCUUGUUAAAAUUGGAGAUUAGAGCCUGGUAAAUAAAAAUGGUGCCAGUAUGUGUUACAAGUAUUCUACCAAAGCAAAAAGUCCAUGCCAAAAUUUAGAUUAGAAAUAGUGUAAAAAGAAUUAUAAAUACUGUAUUAACUUUUAAAUAAAGAUAAUUUUCCUAUA